AUGUUUCCUAAAUGUGUGAAUUGUUUACGCACUGGCGGCGGGAGGUCGUUCCAGCAUUUCGUGGCUGCAAAUCUAAAGGAUCCACGAAAUGCUGCUGUUCGGUACUUCAUGAUCACUCCAAAUAGUAAACAUGCCAGAUGUAGUUUACGCCUAAAUUUCAUUUUAAGAACUGCAUGUUGGUUCAAGAAUGGGGACUUGGAAAUAUACGAUGCAGUGGUUGACGUGCGCUGCUACGAGCUGACCGCUCUGUUCCUCUGCUCGCUGUUCGUACCUAAAUGUGGUCCUCUGGGGCACAUGGUGAGACCUUGCAGAAGCCUCUGUCAAGAAACAAUGCGGCGAUGUGGUUUCUUCUUGGAAGUGUUCGGGCUGUCGAUGCCUGACUACCUUCAGUGCGAAAUAUUCCCAGAAUCCACAGACACGGAUGUCUGCCUUGGUAACAGGGAGGUCAAGGAGGCUAGACUGCGAGCUGCCAAACCAGUUUGCCCCACCGGGUUCCAAUGCGACGUGAAACGGUGCAUUCCUCACGACUGGCGUUGCGAUGGCCACGUGGACUGCGCGGAUCGGUCCGACGAGCUCAACUGCCGCGUGUGCAAGCGCAGCGGCGACGUGCACUGCGGCAACCAGCGCUGCAUCUCGCAGGCGCACAUGUGCGACGGACGCGUCGACUGCCCCUGGGGCCAGGACGAGAGGAACUGCUCACACCGUGUGCAUCACCCACGCUCCUCGACUAUGAGAUUGUAUAUCCCACGGAAGUGUGGUGGUCGUGGCUUCCUAAAUGCCAAGACAUUACAUAACCGCGAGAUAAACAAUCUUAGGGAGCAUUUUCUUAACGUCGAUAUGGGGAUUCAUAGAGAUGCAGUUGCUGUUGACAAUGGACUCACUCCUCUAUCUUUAGCAAAAGAAAACUGGUGCAGACCUGUAGUACUUAGUACUUUUGGAGUUGCAUGGCAGAUUCUACCGGGCUCUCCAUGGGCCUGA